AUGUCUGACAAUUUUAUCCCCCUAAAUCAAAGUACACCUGUACCUAAUAGAUGGCACGAGAGAAAUCAAAAUUCUCAAAACCAGUCUUUUAAUCAAAGUUACAAUGGUCGUCAGCGCAAUGGUUAUAGACGGAAAAGCCAUCAGCAAUGGGGAAAUAACUCUUACAGAAACAACAGUUAUGGGAAUGACAGCAACAAUAGCUAUAGUAGAAACAAGGUUCCAAUAGAUGCUUACUUACACCCAUCUAUGUUACAAGACCCCUGGGCACAUUUGAGAAAGACUGAUUGA